ACAGUUUAAAUUCUUACGCGAACAUCACCAGGCUGGAAUCUGUUCAGCCUGCCUUCCUCUCAAAACCCUACGACCCCCUCGUGUUACUCUGCGGCGGAGAGAGCGGGUGUCGGCGGCGAGAGGAGAGGAGAUAUCGGAGAUCGGGAUCGUUUCUUCUUCUUUGAUCGCUGUGGAGAGGUUCUGUAGUUUGGUUGGCACUUGCAAGAGACCACCGAAACUCCCCCAUAUUUCUCAUCCUUCCGCUCCGCUCGUACUAGACACCAUUGUCGAAGUGAAGGGGAUUUCAAGAUGGCGAAAUCUGGAGCCUUGGAUCUUGCAACCGGGGUUGGAGGAAAGAUUAAGAAGGAAGAGGUCAAAUUAGCUGUGGAGAAGUAUGAGAAGUAUCAUCUCCAAACUGGAGGUGAUGAUGAAACAAGGAAGACUAACUACAGUGAUAUGGUAAAUAAAUACUAUGAUCUUGCAACCAGCUUUUAUGAAUUUGGCUGGGGUGAAUCUUUCCACUUUGCUGCCAGAUGGAAAGGUGAAUCAUUAAGGGAAAGCAUCAAACGCCAUGAGCAUUUUCUUGCCCUUCAAUUAGGUCUCAAAAGAGGAAUGAAGGUAUUAGAUGUUGGAUGUGGAAUUGGUGGCCCUAUGAGGGAAAUAUCUCGAUUCAGCUUAGCAUCUAUUACUGGGUUGAACAACAAUGAAUACCAGAUAGCCAGGGGCACUGAGUUAAACCGCCUUGCUGGGCUGAGCAGCUCUUGCAAUUUCGUGAAGGCUGAUUUUAUGAAAAUGCCUUUUCCUGACAAUACCUUUGAUGCUAUAUAUGCUAUAGAAGCAACCUGUCAUGCUCCUGAUGCUCUUGGAUGUUACAAGGAGAUAUACAGGGUAUUGAAGCCCGGGCAGUGCUUUGCUGCUUAUGAAUGGUGCUUGACUGAACAUUAUGACCCCAGCAAUGAAAGUCAUAAGAAGAUAAAGGCAGAGAUUGAGAUUGGUGAUGGACUUCCUGACAUAAGAUCAGCACAUCAAUGCCUUGAUGCCUUAAAACAAGCCGGAUUUGAGAUCAUCUGGGAGAAGGAUCUCUCGCUCGAUUCGCCUUUACCAUGGUAUUUGCCAUUGGAUACCAGCCAUUUCUCCUUGAGCAGCUUCCGCUUGACAGCUUUCGGACGUUUCAUCACAAGAACAAUGGUUCAGACGCUAGAAUUUCUGCGUCUUGCUCCAGCAGGAAGUAUGCGAGUUUCGUCAUUCUUAGAGAAGGCUGCAGAAGGUCUGGUAGAUGGCGGAAGGAUGGAGAUCUUCACUCCCAUGUACUUCUUUUUGGCCCGGAAGCCUCUUUCAGAAUCAUGAGGAAUAAAACUAAUGGAGAGGACAUUAAUGAGAAAUCAGAAUUGCUGUUGAAGAUGAUCUCUUCAUCGCCAUUUGAAGUCCACCCUGUGCGCGUAAGAUUAAGAAAAAUAUGUCUGUAUGUGUGCGACUGUUUUUUCAUCAUUUUGCUAUGAACAUUUUCAUACAUUCUGAAAUGUUUUAUAAUACUGUCUGUACCAUUUCAUGUUUUUGGUGCAAUUUCUUUUACAUUUUUUUU